ACCACAAAUAAAUUUGAGCGGGAAGAAAGAAAAUAAUGAAAUGGAAACUUUUGUGUUUUUGUACCUUAUUGUCGCCAUAACAUAGCAUAUACCAUGAUUCGUAUAAGUGCUUUGAAUGAGAGCAACAAUAGUUUCUAUGACGACAGCAACGAUGCUCCAGCUACAGUCACGAAGGAGGCUGAGGAGUCUGAAUCAUUUGCACUGUACAACAAGGCCCUGAGUCUUCAACGACAAAACCAACAUGUUGCUGCUAAAGCUACAUUAUUGAAGCUUUUGGAGUCUCCCUUUGUGAAGGGGCUUGAGGUUGAUUCAGAUGAUGAAGAUGAGCCCCUUGUCCUACCCGGACUCGUGUUGAAAUACUCUGCUUAUAAGAAUCUUGGUAGUCUGGCUUCUCUAGAGGGGGACUAUACGACAGCAGUAGAGGCAUAUUUGCAGGCUGUCCAGUUAGAUGCUACAGAUGUGACUGUGUGGUAUAAACUUGGGUCGCUCGCUAUUAAGUUACGUCACCUAACUCUUGCUAGGCAUUCUCUGAUACAGGGGCUGGAGUGUUCUGCUAAUCACUGGCCAUGUCUGGAUCAGUUGAUACUUGUGUUGUAUGUCCUCAGCAACUAUGAAAAUUGUCUGUUUCACAUAAGUAUGGCACUGAAGAGGGAUCCUGGCUAUCUAAGAGGAUUGGUUCUCAUGAGAAAGAUCCUGUGUGAGCACCCCUCAUUGAAGGAGUUUACCAAGCACUACUUUACCGCAUGUGAUCCAAGUAUAUACACCAUCGAUAUUGAGAAAGAAGAAGAGGAUGAAUUUGUUAAUGAAGCAUUGGAACUCCGUAAUGAAAGGCAAAAACUCUGUCAGCCGAAGCCCCUCCCAGUGCUUAAGUUCCCUAAGCCUUUGACAGCCUUAAGCUGGUUAUCCCUGGGAGAAGCUUUGAUUGCACUGUAUGAGGAUAUAGAGGCAAAACCUCAACCAAUCAGCAUAGGCUGUCGUAUUGACCUCUCAAUGUACAACACAGAAAACCCAAUCCUAGCUGCCCCAAUUCCUAGCACAGAAAAUGUUCCGAAACCUCCUCCGGCUAUCAGUGUUACUGACUCGCCACCAAGGAUUCAGAGGUUUUUUGACCCCGGCAUUAAUCCUGCAGAGCCUUCAGAGAGUGAGAACUCUGCGAAAGAAAAUUCAACAAGAGAUGACGACUCCUCACUUUUGGCUGGGCACAAACAGGGCAAGAAACGAAAACGCCUGAUGAACCUUUUUGACGACCCUGCUGGGAAACGUAGAUCUGCAAGGGUGCGAAAUACAAACAGAAAGCAACAAGAGGAACGUGUUAAUUUCCAAGAAUUGUUGCAGAAAUUCCUUCCAUCUUCCCUUAUGGAUGUCAAAGAGACUGAUGCUGAUGAUGUUGUUAAAGAGGCUUCUGUUAAACAAUCACAGAAAGCAGAGAUUGACAAAGAAAUACUUGAAUCUGAUGACAUUUCAGUGUUUUGUGAAAACGAAGCAUCAGAAGUGCACGGCUUCCUGAAAUCCAAACAGACCAAUGGUGGCAUAAUUGAUCUCAUGGAUCGCUUCCUGAUCAGCCUCGUUGACAAAUCAAAUACAAAAUGGCCACCAGGUUUAGCUGAUGUCUUCGUGAGAGUGUUUCAUAAAUUGCGAAAUCAUUUUGAGUUUCCUAGUUUUUUCAGCGUUGAUGUGAGUAGAACAAGGAGAGAAAAGCUUGGAAUGGUUUGUCUGGUAUAUCUGGAAUUACGUUUAGACCACUGGUUUACUAAGAAGGCAACACUUGGCAUAUCACCUAAAAAGAGUGCUGGGAUGAGUAUCCAAUCACAGUUAGGCCAAGAUUUCCCGGGAAAAUACUUUGAAAAAGACGUCUGCUACAUACUGGCAUUGUGCCAAGUCAGUGACCUAUAUGAAGAGAAUUGGAGACACAUUUACACAAGAGCAAGUUGGCUGAAGGCCCGGUAUUGUUGUCUUCUACAAGAUACCAAGGAGGCAGUGAAAUAUUUUAAUCAGACCAACAGUCUACUGGAGGAACUCUCUGAUUUACAAAAUGUGAACCCCACAGAAGAUAAGUCAGGUGUGGGUGAAACAGCAUGUUCAAAUGAAGCCAAGCCUGACAUGACUCCAGAAUCUAUGGAGACUGAUCAGCCUACAGAAGAUAUGAAACCUGUUGCCAAACAACUUCCUACUGACCAAACCAUGGAUGUUGAAUCUGAUGAUGAUAAAGCUGAUGUGAAUGACACUAAUGCAAAGAUCACUGAACCAGUUGUUACUAUAGUAGGUGAUAUACUAGAGAGCAUUAUUACAAAAACCAUUACAAACUCUGAAGGUUUAUCAGGAUCUGUUGAAGUCCCAAUGAAUAUUUCACCUGAAGUUGCAGAACAUAUUACACCCCAAAAUGACAUUAUUGAGUCAGGAGGCAAUGUGGAUCUAGAAAUGUCUGAGCCAUCAUCCCACACUGAUGUUCUAUCAAAUAUAUCACCAACAACUGUACCUUCAACAACAUUGUCACAUUUGGUUCCAUCAACAACUCAAAUUUCAAAUGAGGCUCAAACAGAGAAAGAAGUCUCAUCUAUGGUACCAUUAACAUCAGCACCCUCAUCUAUGGUACUGUCAACAACAGUACCCUCGUCUGCAGUACCAGUAUCUACAGCAAUCUCAAUCUCAAAUGUGGAAACAUUAUCUAUGUUGUCAUCACCAACUGUACAAUGGUCUGUAAUAGUGUCCGCAAAGGAUGCUUCAUUAACAACAGAGCCAUCAAACAUGCUACCUUCAUCAACAAUGUCCUCAUCUGUCACACCAUCAACAUCAGUUCACUCAUCUGUGGUACCAUCAACAAAAUUGCCCUCAACUGGUGUACUGUCAACAACAAUGCCCUCAACAGCAACAAUGCCUUCAACUUGUGUACCAUCAAUUUCAAUGACAUCAUCUGUUCCACCACCAGCAAUCCCCUCAACUGAUGUGCCAUCACAAACAAUAACAUCUUCUGUGGUACCAUUAACAAUGAUUUCCUCAAGUGAGGUACCACCUACAACAAUGCCAUCAAGUGGUGUAUCAUUAACAACAUUGUCCUCAAUUGUUGUGCCAUCAACAACAAUACCCUCUACUAUUAUACCAUCAACUACAGCUCCAUCAACUGUUGAAGCAUUAUCAACUGUACCCUCAACUGAACCAUCAACAGAAAUACCUUCAACUGUAGUAUCAUCCAGAGUGUCUAAAACCUCACUCCCAACGACCAUAUCUUUGUUUCCACUAUUGAAUCAAUCAUUGAAUGCUAAAGCAAACCAAGAGAAAUCUUUGAAAAAUGGCAAAAGUGAAGUUACAACUCGUGAAGAUAAUGCUAAAAAUGGCACAGAUGAAGCAAGAAAUGCAGAGAAUAAACCAGAAUGUGACAAAAAUAAAAUUGAUAGUGAUACAAAUGAAGUUGCUAAAUCGGAUGGGAAAAUUAGGAUCCAUUUGGUAAAUUGCCAGCUUGAGAACAUCAUUUCAACUGAUGAAGUAAACAAGCAAUUAGAGGCACUAUUACGAUGCCAAUCACUUGAGGAGAUGACGCGGUUAUCAGAGUCUAACAAACAUGAAAUGGUCGUUGAGUUACUGCUUCAGACCUUUAAACAACCUCAGAGUGCCAAAAAUAAAGCAACAGAAGUAGCAGGUGUUCCCGAAAGACACGCCCAAUUGCUCCUACUUCAAGACUCCUUAUCUCAACUGGGCGAUGCUGGGAGGUGUCUUCUGUGGAGUGAGGUGGCUUUAAAUGAGGCUCUCCAACAUUACCAGAGUAGCAACACAAGUGCAGGAAAAGAUGAAUGGGCAACUACAAUGUGUGAUCUCCUUAAAGGCAUAGACAAGUGUAUGCAAAAGGAUCCAGGUGCCAUACAGCGAUUGACUGUCAACAAAGCAGCCAAACUGGCACACAACCUGAUUCGCAUCAUAGAGAUUUGCAUGGAGCUGCCAGAUGCCAUAGAAGAAAUGCCAAUUGAUAGUGUUAUGCCAUGGAUCAUUCUCUAUAGGCUUAUUAAACACGAAGAAGCGAAGUUGCUAGGGUCAGGAGGUGAUGCUGCCAUGGUGAUGGAUGAAAACAAUAGCAAUGACAGUAUUGGAGAGUGUAUGUCAUCAUCUCUAUUGCUGCUCAAUGUGGCACAUGAUUAUCUUGGAAGGCGAUCAUGGUGUACAAACUCCCAGGGUGCACUGCUGGAGUUCUACCUGGAUGUUGUAUGGGAAGAGUUCAGCAAAUACAACAGUGAUACAAGCCAUCCCCAUCAUGAAGAUCUGGAGUCAGCCUUUGAGCAAUGUGUCUAUUGUUUGUAUGGCCAUCCUAAUAGGAAAUCAAGGGCCAGGCAUUUGUAUGAUCAUAAUGCCCAGCAGAUUGACCUGACGUUAGAGAGAUCUAAGAUGUUAUUUGAAUACUUCAAGCCCAAAUCCCUGCCAGAAUUUGACAGUUUAAAAGUCAGCACAGUCUCUUCUGAGUUGGAACAUCUGCUGCAGCGUAUCUGCAUUCUCCUGCCCCCUCAGUCUCAGUAUACCAGCAUUUCUAUAGAAAUGAUGACAUCAUAUAUAGAUGGCUCUGUUUCAACAUUUCCCAUAAUGCAACACCCACCUGCAGACGACUUGGCCAUAGUACAGGAGAUGUUCUACUUCCUGGCUGAUUAUUACUUCAAGAACAAAGAGACAGCAAAGGCAAUAAAGUACUAUUUACGUGAUCUGUGCGUCUGCCCUGAUAGGAUUGAUUCAUGGGCUGGAAUGGCGCUUUCAAGAACAUCAAAAAUAGAGGAAAAAUUAAAUGCUACUGACAUGAAGAAGAAUGAAGGUAGUGUUGCUAAGCUCUCCCAGGCGGCUCUUACAUGUUUCCUUAGAGCCACUGAAUUAGAUGAGAACAAUAGCAAACUGUGGAUUGAGUAUGGGUCUCUGGCAUUCCAGCUACAUUCACAUGCAUCCAGGCAACUCAAACAGGGGAACAAGGAUGAUGAAACCUUGCUAAAGAUGAAGAAUGACAUGUUACAAUUGGCUGAAAAAUGUUACCUAGCAACCAGUAAGUGUGACAGCGAGGAUGCUGAGGAGGAAUGGCUUCAUAGCUAUAUGCUCGGGAAAAUCUCAGAAAAAAUGAACCGGCCACCAGAAAUAUACUUGGAGUAUUACAAAAAGGCUGCAGAAGAUUUGUAUGAAGACAAUGCCCAAUACCCUAAGAAGAUCACAUAUCUAUAUAGUCCACCCAGGUUGGCUGUUGAAGCUCUUGAGAUGUUCUUCAGAUUGCACAUAUCUGUGUUAAAGUAUGCCCUUAAGCUGAGACAGGGAGUGGACUUUGAUAAACAAGGUAUCAACUAUGAGAUGCUGGUGAAGUAUUUAACUGAGGCAAGGGACUCACCAUUUGCUUUGGCAAGAGAGAAAAAGAAGGAAAAACGAGACAGCCAACGUGAUACCUCUUCUGCAGAUGAGAACUCCCAAACCAGUCAGGGAUCAAACCAAGAGUUGAUUCCCCGCUCCAAGUCUCGGCCUACAUACCACCAAACACCACAGGAUCACGAUUACUCAAAAUCCAAGACUCCCGGGUCAUCCAGCGAUGCCUCUGGUGAGAACAGACACGCUAAAAGCGACAGUGAUGAUGUUUUCUCACCAAUGAGACCAACACCCAAUUUGGUUAACAUGGAAAUUGAGAUUUCAGCAUUUUCUAAUAGUAAGGAGACUGUCAUAGAAGAACCUCAAGUUGAUUCUGAUACUGUACAUCAAACGGACAAUGAUUCAAGCACAGCAGAUGAUAGAGCUAAAGAUGCAAAGAAAGUUUCACAAGAUGUAAAGGAUAUUCUUGAAGAUGUCAUCACUAAAGUUGAAACAAGCGACAAGGCCAGUUGUGAACUGAAAUACAAACAGCCAGCUGAUUUUGAUGAUAUAAAAGUCAUUGAAAAGAAGCUAAAUGAAAUGGUGGAGGAUGUAGAAAAUAAACAAUUGGAAGACACUCAAGAUGAUAAGGAGAAGGAUAAACCUUCUAAAGUUCAAGUUGAGACUAGCAAACAAAGUGUUGAACAUGAGCUUAAUACAAUUGACACCACUGAACCUGUCAGAUGUGAUGAAGAACCGCAACAUGAUGAUUCAAAACUUGAUGCAAAUGUCUUAUCUGAUAGCAUCUUAGAAACAACCUCUAAGACUGUUGCAUUAAAAGCAGAUUCGCCUAUGGAAGGAAUUGAUGUCAAAGUGGAACAAAUGGAAACUCCAAUGGAAGUUGAUACAGCUGAAACAAAGGGUGAAAUUAAAAUGGUUGAUGAUAUUAAGGACUCUCCUAAAGUGAAAGACAUCAUUGAUGAUCUCCCAGGUAGCAUUGGUAUCCCAAGUCCUGAUACUCCAUUCUUUGAUGCAUUGGAUGUUCCACCAACAUUGGAGAGAGAAAUAAGUAGAGAAGGUAAAUCAGGUGAUAACAUCCUCCCACCAUCAUUAGAAAAGAAACCAGAGGAUAUUGUUGAUUUGGUUGUCAAAGAAGAAAAGGACAAUGUAAAGAAUGAAUUGGGAGAUUCAAUGAUGAGCAAAAGUGCUUUUCCCCCAUCAACUGAAAAUAAGGUCAAAGAUGAGGUAGAUGAAAAUGUCAAGGGUCAAGACAUUGUUGAGCCUGACAUAGCUCAAAUGAUCUGCAGAAACGAGAUAGGAGAGGAGGGCAAUAAAGAUAUCAGUGAACAACAAAUAUUGAAUACACCUAACCCUAUUUCUCUGAUACAAUCUGAAUCAGAUCAACCCCCAACCAAAAUCAGAAAAUUAGAUGAUGAAAGUGAAAUUGAAUCUCAAAAUAUUGAAAGGUUAGUUCAAGAGACAGAUGUAUCAAACAAAGUACACACCAAAAAGGACAAUACUGAAGAAAUCAAAGACAUUUCAAAGUUGGCUGUGGAAUUUAAUGAGAAAGCUGUGAGUGAUAAACCAGCUGUUCAUUGUCCAGAGCUGGAUGUGUCUGAUCCUUUGAAGGCUCUUGAGAAUCUCGAAGCAGUUGCUGCUCAGGUAGCCGCUGAAAUAGAGACCUCAAAAUUUGAUGAUAAAAGCUAUGAUGUCAAACAACUUGAAGCAGAUGAUCAUAUUGACAAGAAAGCUGAUGAAAAUAGUGACAUUGGUGAAAAAUCCCAAAAUAAAGCUGAUGAUGUACCUUUUGGUGUUAAGGAAAGUUUGACAUCACCUAAUGACAGAGUUGAAGUUGAAAAGCCAAAGUCUGAUGAAAAUAAACCUACAUACAGCUGUGACAAGUCUACAAUUGUUGAUAAUACUCAAAACACUGAUGACAAUCCUAUAUCUGGUGAUGAAAAAGGUAGUAAACCAGUAGCAAGUGAUGAAACCCAAUCUUACAAAGGAAUAUCAGAAGAAAUGGUGCUUGAUCCAAGAACUGGAGAGAUGGUCCCAGUCAGUCAGCUGAAUGAACCAGUUGAUAUCAAAGUUCCUGAUGAUCCCAAGACAAGCCAAUCACAGCCUCUUAAAUCUCAAACUGACCAAUCACAGCCUCCUCAGACUGUCGAAUCAAAUUCAAACGAACCUAUGGAUCUCUCAACAACUUCAUCAACAACAAACCAAUCUAAACCAACCACCCAAUCAAAUCCUCCGAAAAUUGACCAAUCAAAACCACUAGUGAAACAACUGGGCUCUGAUUGGCUAAAGGCUGUGGAGGAAGUCAAGAAAAAGCCUAGAUGUGUGCCACUAAUGGAUGAUUGGUUGCCUGAGAAGGUGUUACCAUUGGCUAAGAUGACAAUGAGGGCAUUGGAGUUGUGUCUUACAAGAUUCCCGCAACAUUACAAGUCCCUUUACUGGUUGGCCUACAUGUAUUAUGCAACUAAAGAUUUCAAGAACUUGGGGUAUGCUAGAGACUUGUUAAUGGGAACUAAAGUACCGUGGCAGACAUUGGAUCACAUGCCCUGUGCAAGCCUUCUACAUGAUCGGAAACAGAACAACUUUUUCAAUGGUAUUUGGCGGAUACCUAUUGAGGAGGUUGACAGGCCAGGGAGUUUCCCGAGUCACCUGAAUCGGUGUAUUGUGCUCCUUCUUGAUGUGUUGCGUGAUAUCCAUGACUCAAGGGGCCUCUAUAGUGUCCAUUGUGGCUUGAAUAGAGUGCCCGAUUCACAAAGGAAAUAUUUACGAGAUGCAGAUCGACUUCAUUUAGCAAAGAUGGCAUUCUCAUGUACAAAAGACGCAAUCCUUUUACAACUUCCAAAUAUGGCCAAAGAAAAGGAUAAUGAGAGAAUACAGAAAUUUAUUCUUGAGGCCUAUAAGGUUUGGCAACAUAGCAGCAAGCAGAGUAUAGUGAGAGAAAGCAAACAAGAGAUGAACUCAAUGUUGGUGCAUGUUUAUAGUGCCUGUAGAUCAAAACAGCUUGAGGAACAGCCAUCUAUACUAGAACAGGCCACACGCUACUGUAUUCAACACUCCCACACAAAGACGCCACAGACUCCUACACACAGCUCUGGACCUAACUCUACCCCAUCCACCCCAGGCUCUGUCACAUCUCCAAGACCCCAAGCCACUACCCUGGGACAGCAAAAACUAGUGGCUAGUCCGAAAGCUGGGGGAAGCAAAGGCGUGGGUGUAAACAAACAAUACCCAAGCUUAGGGAUAAAUCCACAAAUUCGGGAAACCUAUCGCCAGGUUAUCAAAUCAAGCAUAUCAAACUUGACGACAAAAUCACCACCCAAGGCCAAGGAUGGUACAUCUGUUAAAGACGCUCCUGAAGUAAAGGACAAAAAGGGUGCUGAACAAACAACUGGUACUCCUGAAAUAAUUGACUUGACUUAUGAUUCAUCAACCCCAUCACCAAAAGCUGGUAUUAGCAAGAAGAUACCUACCCCCUCGAGAUUAAUGCAGCUUAAAAAGACAUCCCAAAUGCAUGGAACAUUAUCGUGGAAACAAGCGAUGAAAUAUCGCGCCUCCUCACAUAAUAAGAUCCAAGGGCCUUCAGUGUUGAAGAAUACAACAAGCGCAGGACACAAGUAUAAAAUAAUCAGGGGUUUGAAAUCAGUUCACCCGCAGAAAGCUCAAUCUGUAAAUCCUGGUGUCAGCACUAGCUCAGUUACUGGUAAAACUAAACCAGCAUAUAAUGCUGGUCCUUCAGUGGAUGUAAAACAACUAUUUGGAUCACCAAAAGUUGAUCUAGGUGCUCCGAUUCCAUCUGGAGCAAAAUCAGUGAAACUUGACAAGUUUUUUGUUAAAGAUGGCACAACAAUGUCUCAAAGGUCACUAGAUAUAAUCCCAUUUAAGAAAAUUGCCAAAUCUGCCGAAAGCGCUGUCAAAUCCCCUACCUUCUCUAGCCAAACUAAUCGACCCCAAAUAAAGCCUACAACUGUAACCUCAUCUCACAAAUCGAACAUCAAAUCCCCGACCUUCCCUGGUGUGAAACCUCAUAUAAAAUCAGGGCAAGUUUCCAAACCGCCACAAGGUAAUGUAAAAUCACCAAUCUUCCAAAGUCAGUAUGUCAGACCAAAUUCUGCAACAACUGUAAAAUCUCCAAUAUUUCCUGGUCAACCUAAGCCUCAAAUGAAGCCAAAAUCAACAGAUGGUUCGAUCGUUGGAAGGUCAUCAACCAUUGGUACUCAUAAACCUAAUGUCUCACCCCAGAGUGGAACUAUGAAACCUCAAAGUGGCACCAUGAGACCUCAAGGUGGUACUGUGAAACCCCAAUGUGGCACUAUGAAACCCCAAAGUGGCACCAUGAAACCCCAAAGUGGGAAUAUAAAAUCCCAGGGUGGCACUGUGAGACCACAAAGUGGCACCAUGAAACCCCAAAGUGGUACCAUGAAAUCCCAUAGUGGUACUUUGAAACCCCAAGGUGGCUCCAGUAACCCUAUUACUUCACCACAGCCACUUUACAUUGGACCUGUACCAUCCAAAAGUAGUGCACCAAUCACAAAAGAUCUUCCUGAGUUUGCAAGAAAUCUCCCGGCUUUCAAACCAAAGAUUCACCAAGAGAAACCCAAUCUGCCAAGCCCAAAUGCUCCUCACAAGAAUAGCCACCAAAGUGUCACUCAGACAUCAAAACUACAGAAAGCUACAACUACAAAAACUUCUGGCCAAUCAGCUACAACUACAAAAAUUUCUGGCCAAUCAGCUACAACUACAAAAACCUCUGGCCAAUCAGCUACAACUACAAAAACCUCUGGCCAAUCUAAACCUGAAGGGUUUUCAAUUUUAGUACAGGCAAAAUCUCCAGACAUCAUCCUCUUGGAUUCUGAUUAA